CUCGUGUUUUUGCAUGUUUAAUAGAAGAAGUGUGUGUGUUAUUUAAUGUUAAUCUACAACAACAGCAUAACAAUCGUUUAGUACGUAGUUAUUUCCCGAUGUAAACUGCUUUAGCUCAGCUCGCUAUUUGGAUCUUUUAUUACUCUCAUUCACAUUGAUUAUGCAAAAACUCUGGACAUACAGCACUUUCACUAUGAGAAUUUGAGUAAAUUCUAACUUAUGUGACAUAAUACUGGUUGCAAAAAUACUUCUGUGCAUGUUGUAUUUGCUUAUAGUUUAUUUUCUUUCAAAGGACUGAAAACAAUAAUUCAGUUUAUAUUUCUGCAAGAAUUCUGAAGAUGUUAAUUAUUCAGAUGCCAAGAAAGUCUUCUGGAUGCCAUCUGACUCUGCAAAAAGCUAAAUCAUGUCUGUCAAAUAAACUCAUGUCUGAUGAGGUAUUUCUGUGUUAAGCAUUAUUUGCACAGAUUAAUUCCUUUAUAUAAUGACACACAAUCUGUUUACGGGGUUUUUUAGUGUGUAGGGGUUAGACAGAGAAAAGUACUGUCAUGCCUUUUGACCCACAUGGAACCACAGAGCUUUAUCUACACAAAUCCCAUUGCUGGUAAUGUUGUGCAACAAUAGAACUUUGCUCCAUUUUCCUAUGUGCAAUAAAAUCCUGUAGUUUGGUGGUUAAAGAUGAGGGCUGCUGACUAAAGGGUUAUGUGUUCAAAUCCUCAAAGGGAUGAGCCAUGAUCCACUACCAUUGUGCACUUGUGGAAGACACAUAACUUCAUGGUGCUCCAGUGAGAUUGUCCUAUUUUGGAUGAAAAAAGGUUAUGUGCUUUAUUCCAGGGCUCUGCACCAUGUACACAGAGCUGGCAGUGGCGUUGGGGCUCGGGGCAUUGGUUGCUCUAGUGAUCCUGAAGAAGAAAAGUAUCCUGAAAGCACAGGAUGGGUGGUGGGGUGUGGGGGCUCAUCCCCAAGGACCAGAGGAUGACAGCAUUCGCCCUUUUAAAAUUGAGGCAACUCCAGAGGAGAUUGAGGAUCUUCAUCGAAGGCUAGAUCAGACGCGCUCCUUUCCUUCUCUUGAAGACAGUCAGUUUCACUAUGGCUUCAACUCCAAAUACCUAGAGAAGGUUGUGGCUUACUGGAGGAAUGAUUUUAAUUGGCAAAAACAAGUGGACAAACUGAACAGAUAUCCUCAUUUCAAAACCAAAAUUGAAGGUAUUGAUAUCCACUAUUUCCACGUGAAACCCAAGAACCUGUCUGAGGGAACCCGUGUUGUGCCUCUGAUGAUGGUACAUGGAUGGCCAGGUUCUUUCUACGAGUUUUAUGGGAUUGUUCCCAUGCUUACGGAACCAGCCAGCCCUGAUGAUGUAACGUUCGAAGUCAUUUGUCCCUCCAUUCCUGGCUAUGGCUUCUCAGAGGCCCCACAUAAGAAAGGUUUUGACUCCGUAUGUGCUGCACACAUUUUCAAUAAACUGAUGAAGCGACUUGGUUUCAGCCAGUACUAUGUUCAGGGAGGAGACUGGGGGUCGCUUAUUACCACUAAUAUGGCCCAACUGGAGCCCAACAUAGUGAAAGGCCUCCAUGUUAAUUUUGCACCCCCCGCGAAACCAAGCCUUCUCAUGGUGUCGUCUAUUCUUCUGGGUCGAUGGUUCCCCAAACUCUUCGGUUUUACUGAUCAUGAUGUGAAACGCCUUUUCCCCUGUAUGGAGAAAGUUGUGUUGGAUGCAGUAAAGGAGUCAGGAUACAUGCACAUACAAUCCACUAAACCAGACACCGUGGGUCGUGGAUUGAAUGAUUCUCCUGUUGGUUUGGCUGCUUACAUUUUGGAGAAGUUUUCAACGUGGACUGAUCCUGAAUUUAAGAACCUGGAGGAUGGUGGACUGGAGAGGAAGUUUUCACUUGACGAUCUUCUGACAAAUGUGAUGAUCUACUGGACCUCUAGGUCCAUUAUAUCCUCCAUGCGCUUCUACAAAGAGAACUUUGGCAAAGGCCUCAACCAGCCCCAUGCAAAGCUCCCAGUUUACAUUCCAUCGGGUGUUGCCUCUUUCCCCAAUGAAGUGUUGCACACCCCUAAACUGUGGGUUAAACAGAAAUGCCAUCAGCUCAAGACUUACACUCCUAUGGCUCACGGGGGUCAUUUUGCUGCAAUGGAGGAGCCACAGUUACUGGCAGAAGAUAUUCAGAACUUUGUCAAGAUUGUGGAGAAAAUAAAGAAUAAAUGAUUAUGAAUAGCUUUUAUAUGUCCUUUUGCUCAUAUUAAUGGGACUCUCAUAAAUGCAUAUAACAGUGAUGACCAUGAAGUAAAAAGAAACAUUUUAUUAUUACAAUUGAAUCAGUUAUUACACUCAUUUUAAAGUAAUUGCAAAAUAUGAUGCUAGGAAAAUAAGAAAUACUAUCACAAUUGUAUGUGCCAUGUGCCUUAGUUUUACAGGAAUUGAAAUGAUUAUACUGUAUACACAGCCGCUUUUGAUAUAGACAUUUUAGUGUGAUAGUUUGUGGGUACCUUGAAGUGUUAUUUGUAGUGUUCUGAGAUUGUUUGUAUGGGAUCACAGUAGUGAAAAUAUAGUAA